AUGGCCUCAAUAGUCGCGAGGCUAGCAGUAGCAGGUCUGCUCCUAGCUCUCCAGUCGAUGACUCUCGUGAUCGGACUUGCCAUCUUUAUAUUUGAACUUGUCCAGUAUUUUGUGAGGCGCAAAGCCCGCAUGGCCCGCGAGGCCCGCGAAUACGCUAUGGAGGAGGAAGAACAGCAGCGAGAUGACGGGGAGGAAGAGCAGCAGCGAGAUGACGGGGAGGAAGAGCAGCAGCCAGAUGACGGGGAGGAAGAACAGCAGCCGGACGCCGAGGAGGAAGAGCAACAGCCAGAUACUGGGGGAACUGAGCAGCAUAGACAAGAGGCGGAACUGGGAAGACUGCGAGGCCAUUGUCCACGAAUUGGGGCGUCUUCCAGUGCGCGGAACUUUACUUUCCUCAAACCUUUAGGUCGACUGGAGCAUUUUGGAGCACCGGCCGUGAUGCUCGUCAUUGCUGUCUCGCUUGCUGUGGCCAGUUUUGCCCCCAACUAUGGAAACGCAAUUUCUGUUUUCGUUCCCUCUUCUUCGACUUUCAACAGCACAUGCAAGAUUCCUCGAGUUACCACAGUUGACGCCGACAUUGCCGGCGCAGGCAUCCGCUUUGCCACAUGGGCCCAGAUAGAGCUCAUGGUAGCUCUCGUACUGCUGGGCCAUUUCCACGACCGUUGCCUCGGCGUCAAACAGCUUGGUGCUGGACUGGCAAUUACGCAUCUUGGUCUCGCCAUUGCCUUGGGUACACAGAUGAUUAACGGUAAGUUGACAUCAGCGGAAGCCAUCGUGGGUGCCAUGAUGCUGGACGCGCAAGGAACUGCUUUGAGCAUUCAGUUCGCAGUUAGGGACGUGCUCGCAUCCCGGUGGCAGGUUUGGACAAGUAUCUUGUGUCAAAUCAUUGGCUCGGCAAUUCUGAUCAUCUGUGUGACCAAGUUUCGUGCCGGCGACUUCGUAGGUCACGACGAGAAUUGCUUCUGCAUCAAGGUUUUCUGGUGGGGAUGGCUCACAGACUGCCCCCAGAAAACUGAAGUUGGGGAAGCACUGGUCUUCUGGAUCUACUUGGCCUGUCGCAUGGUUGGGUCGGCUCAUAACUCCUUUAUAGCUGCCGUCAACACCGGCCGGUUUGAUCUUGCCGAGCGCUGGGAUGAACACCUCGCCCUACGACGUUACUUAUAUUGGACGGGUACGGGUCCCAGAAGGGCCAGUGCGUCAGAGGAUUCGCGACGGCUUAAAGAAAGUCCGGUGCACGGUCAUUGCCCAGCAACAGUCACCUUCAUGUACGUCAUGCACGCUGUAUUCUCAGCUGUGUCGAUGUUGGCCGCCCAAAACGCCAUGAAUGGAGGCAUGGAACCUAGUGCUGGCCCUCUGUCCGUCGGACAGUUGAACGCUGUCGUGCUCGCAGUCGGCUCCACAGCGCGAGUCAUAUUGCUCUUGAUCUUCUGGCUCUACUUCACAUGCAGGAGGUAA